AUGAAGGGCUUAGGAGAUAACAGAAGCCGACACCUCUCCGAUAACCUGGACUCCCCUCAAGACUCUCUUUAUGCCCCCCAGGACAGGAACCCUUAUCUCCUCAGCCCCACUGACUCCUUUACCAUGGACCCCCGAUUCCCAGCCCAGAAUACCCUCCAUGGCGACUGUCUCCUUCCACUCAACAACCAGAUCUCCAACAGCAGCACUUUCCCCCGCAUCCAUUACAACUCCCACUUUGAGGUCCCAGAUGACAACCCUUUUCCAAGCCAUGCCCAAGCCACUAAAAUCAACCGCCUGCCUGCAAACCUCCUUGACCAGUUUGAGAAGCAGCUGCCUAUCCACAGAGACGGCUUCAGCACCCUCCAGUUUCAGAGGAGCGAUGCAAAGCACCGGAGUGAGAGCCCUGGGCGCAUCCGGCACCUUGUCCACUCUGUCCAGAAGCUAUUUGCAAAGUCCCAGUCUCUGGAGGGCCCCACCAAAGGCAACAUGAAUGGCAAGAAGGGGGCAGAUGACCCCAAGCAAAACCGGAGGAGCAAGAGCAAAGACCGAGCGAAGACCUCCGAGCCCAAGCGCAGGACCAGAUCCAACAUAUCAGGCUGGUGGAGCUCAGAUGACAACUUAGAUAGUGAUACCUGCAGCUACCGCAACCCAAUGGGCCUCAUGACACUGGGCCGGCAGCCGGACCACAGCCAGCCGAAGUAUUUCAUGCACGCUUACAAUACCAUCAGCGAGCACAUGCUGAAAUCCUCCAAGAGCAAUAAUGACCUCAAGGUCACCCCUUGCACCAAUAUCCCCAUCAACAAUGACUCCAACUACAUUAAGAGAGGCUCCUGGUCCACGCUGACACUCAGCCAUGCCCGGGAAGUGUGCCAGAAGGCCUCCGCCACGAUCGACAAAGCACUGCUGAAAUCCAAGUCCUGCCAUCAAGACUUGGCCUACCACUACCUGCAGGUGGGUGCAGCGGGGGAGUGGAACAACACGCUGUCUCGGGACAAAGACAGCGAGAUCCCGUGCCGGCGCAUGCGGAGCGGGAGUUACAUCAAAGCCAUGGGGGAUGAUGAUAGUGAAGACUCAGAAACCAGCCCCAAACCAUCCCCGAAAACUGCAGCUCGGAGGCAGAGUUACCUCAAGGCCACCCAACAGUCCCUGAGUGAGCAGAACACCACACAAAGGAGCCUGGACCGCCUGGACUCUGUCGAGAUCCUCCUACCUCCGAAGUUCCCAACCUGGGAGGAAGAAUACAACCAGAUCUCCGACAGCGUCAACGAGUCCAGUUGCAUCAACCAGAUCUUUGGACCCCCCUCACUUAUCCCUCAGAUACUUACCCAUGGAGAGCAGGCACCAGAGCCGGAGCUGGGGGAGCAGUACGAAGUGGUCUGCGACUCUACCUACAGUGAGGCUGAGUCAGCUGCUGCGGAGGUGCUGGACCUGCCUCUGCCCAGCUACUUCCGAUCCCGGAGCCACAGCUACCUCCGAGCCAUCCAGGCGGGCUGCUCCCAGGAAGAGGACACGGGCUCCAUCAGCUCCAUCUCCCCCCCACCAGUAGGCAGCCUCAGCGGCAGCAGGACCCUGCCCACCAGCAGCAGUUCAUCAUGCCUAGUGGCAUAUAAAAAGACUCCACCUCCUGUCCCACCUCGGACCACAUCAAAGCCGUUCAUCUCUGUCACUGUGCAGAGCAGCACUGAAUCGGCACAGGACACAUACCUGGACAGCCAGGACCACAAGAGUGAGGUCACCAGCCAGUCAGGACUCAGCAAUUCUUCGGACAGCUUGGACAGCACCAGGACACCCAGUGUGACAAGGGGAAGCGUUGUGACUCCAGCAAGAGAGACUCCAGAGUUAUCCCAGAAAAAUGCAACUUUGAAAAGUGACAAAGGGACUCUGACUAGCGAAGAGCCUAAAGUGGAGAAUAUCCCCAAAAGAAAGCUGUCAUCUAUAGGAAUACAAGUUGACUGCCUUCAGCCAGUGGCAAAAGAGGAGCCUCCUCCACCAGCCACCAAAUUCCAGUCCAUCGGGGUACAGGUAGAGGACGAGUGGCGAAACAGCCACUCUCGCAGCAUGUCCUCCAAACAGGACACAGACUCUGACACACAGGAACCUAAUAAUUCUAGCUGUAAAUCAUCUGAGAGAAGCCUUGCUGAGUGCCCCCAACACAACAACUCCGUUGGUGUUGAUGCCACCACCAGGCAACCAGCCAAGCCCUCACAGAUUAAGAGAAACCUCUCCUAUGGAGAAAACAAUGACCCAGCCCUGGAGCCUUCCUCUCUCCCUCCUCCUGACCCCUGGCUUGAGAUGUCCUCCACCUCACCAUCAGAACCCACACAGACAGGAGCCUGCCGGCGGGAUGGGUACUGGUUUCUGAAGCUGCUGCAGGCAGAAACAGAGCGUUUAGAAGGCUGGUGCCGCCAGAUGGACCAGGAGACCAAAGAGAACAAUCUCUCUGAAGAAGUCUUAGGAAAAGUCCUGAGUGCAGUGGGCAGUGCACAGUUACUAAUGUCACAGAAGUUCCAGCAAUUCCAUGGCCUCUGUGAACAAAACUUGAACCCUAAUGCCAAUCCCAGACCCACAGCCCAGGACCUAGCUGGGUUUUGGGAUCUCCUGCAGUUGUCUAUUGAAGACAUCAGCAUGAAGUUUGAUGAGCUGUAUCACCUGAAAGCUAAUAGCUGGCAAUUGGCAGAGACACCGGAGAGAAAGGAAGAGAAGAAACCACCCCCUCCAGUGCCAAAGAAGCCAGCCAAGUCCAAAUCUCAACUGAACCGGGACAAAGCCUCUGAUUCAGACAAGCAGCGCCAGGAAGCUCGCAAGCGUCUUAUGGCAGCCAAGCGGGCUGCCUCUGUCCGGCAGAACUCAGCCACAGAGAGUGCAGAUAGCAUUGAGAUCUACGUACCUGAGGCACAGACCCGCCUUUGAGCAAAGGGGCAGAGGAAGGAACCGUGUGGUUUUUAUAAGUCAUUAAAAAGGAAAAAGAAAAAAAAAAAGUUCUCUCUAAACUAGUGUGAUUUAUUCAGUCUAGAGACAAUGAGCCAUCCUUGAAAAGGGCUCCUGAGUUGGCUUUUUUUCUCUCAGCUUUAAGUAAUGAAGAUUUUAAAAAAAAAAAAAAAAAAAAAAAACAAAAAAAAAAAAAAAAACCCCCCGUUUUCUCACUGGCUGUGGUGUUGCUGAAUGGACUGAACAGACUCCUGGAAACUCCAGUCCCUCAACUUGGAACUUCAGUCUUUUUACUUGUUCUAUCUAAUGAGAAUUACUAGCUUGUUUACAAGAAGAGGACAAGAAAACAUGAAGCCUUGAGCACUUGCCAUGCUGUGUUCUUCCUCCUCAGUUCUGUUCUUCCUUUUCAUCCUUUAUUUUUUCCUCCUUCUGCUUCCUUUUUCCCACCCUUUGCAUGGCUUUGUUUACCGUGUUAGAAAUAACCUCUCUUCCACAGAGGUCCUGAAGAGAACACCCUUUCAGUGUGUACUACUAUUGCACUCUGCUAGCAAGCAGCCUUUCUUGGGUUUUUUUGUUUUUCUUUGGAUGGGGAUACUGGGGUGGGGGGAGGAUGGGUGGGCAGGGACAGGGCAAUGGGUUUGUAUUCCUCUGUUUUAUUGAAGUGAGAGGAUGACAGGGUCUGUGGAAUGUAAUGCAGAGUUGUUGAAAUGUAGCCCAGAACCAAUGUGCAAUAAGCUGGCAAAGGGGGAAGGGACAGCACUUGGCUGGCUUAUCCCAAAAGAGCAGUACCCUACUCCAGGCACAGGAGGGGAGCUGAAGGACCACAGAGCAACUAUGGGCAUGAUCCACACAUGCUUCACUUUGAUUUUUCUCCUCUUCCCUUUACAAAAUUAUUUUCCUUGAAUUGCUUGUUGAGAAAGAAGCUGCUACACUGGGGGACCUGUUUCAAAGUGGAGGGGGGAGGGCUGGGGAGAGUGUAAUGGUAUUUCAAGGUGGGAGGACUGCGUUUUGUACAAAGAGGAAGGCACAGGUAGCUGGUGGGUAGGCUGCCUGCCUGUAUGUAUGUGUACAUAUGCACAUAUACACUUAGUAGUACCUGUACAUUUAAUUCUUACACACGUAUACAUGCCCAUAUGCACAGUGCAGAUGGUGUACUAAAAGCGAGAAUGGGCAUAUGUAUAGCAUAUAUUUUUACAUGUACUAUAUCUAGAUGUGUGUAAAAGUGUGUGUAAAAAUAUAUACCCUGUGUGUAAUCAGAUGACUAUUUUUUCCUUAUCUCCCUGCUCUCUGGGUAGAGGAAGGUUUGCUAAAUAUUUUUAGCCUAUUUUCCCCUUUGUAGGUCUCCUUUUCAGUCUGGCUUCUUGAAGCCAGAACUGCCACCAUCGAAUUCUUUGCCACCCCUUCAAACUAAGCAUUUGGCCCCAUCUUUGAGUGAUCUUGCUGGGGAUUUUUUUUUUUUCUUUACUUGCUUGAAUGAGUUGGGUGAUUGUGUGCUACUUUCAUGGGGGUGGGGGUAGAAUCCCAGAGAAGUUUCAGCAAGGGUGCUGGUGAUCCAGAAGGCAAAAAAUAAAUAAAAGUGAAAUCCU